UGAGUGGCGAUCUGUAUCUGUAGGAUGCUCGCACAGUAUGACCCAUAGGCACUGACAGUGGUGCAGGGUUAGUAAAGGGCUGAAGAGACAGCUGUCACUCUUUGUUCCCGGAAGACCACAUCGCCGCCCUGUGUGGCCAUAUAGGGGGUCAGGAUGAAGGAUCGCACCCGGGAGCUCCGAGCUGCUAAAGACGAAGAUGAAGAUGAUGAAGUGGCUGUCAGUCUGGAUCGAGACCGAUUCAUGGAUGAAUUUUUUGAACAGGUGGAGGAAAUCAGAGGUUUCAUUGACAAAAUUGCUGAGAAUGUAGAGGAAGUGAAAAGAAAGCACAGUGCUAUCCUUGCCUCUCCCAACCCAGAUGAGAAAACCAAGGCAGAAUUGGAAGAGUUGAUGUCGGACAUCAAAAAGACAGCCAACAAGGUUCGCUCCAAGCUGAAGAAUAUUGAACAAAGUAUCGAACAAGAGGAAGCCAUGAACCGCUCCUCUGCUGAUUUGCGCAUCCGGAAGACACAGCAUUCAACACUGUCUCGUAAGUUUGUAGAAGUGAUGUCGGAAUAUAAUGCUACGCAGUCUGAUUAUCGUGAGCGCUGCAAAGGUCGCAUCCAGAGACAGCUAGAAAUCACCGGUAGAACCACAACAAGUGAAGAGCUGGAGGACAUGCUGGAGAGCGGGAACCCCGCCAUCUUCUCAUCAGGGAUCAUCAUGGACUCAAACAUUACUAAGCAAGCUCUGAAUGAGAUUGAGACUCGGCACAGUGAGAUCAUUAAACUGGAGAACAGCAUCCGGGAACUCCAUGACAUGUUCAUGGAUAUGGCAAUGCUUGUAGAGAGCCAGGGAGAGAUGAUCGAUCGCAUAGAGUAUAAUGUGGAACACGCUGUGGAUUACGUGGAAAGAGCUGUCUCUGACACCAAAAAGGCUGUCAAGUACCAGAGUAAAGCCCGGAGGAAGAAGAUCAUGAUCAUUAUCUGCUGUGUGGUGCUUGGUAUUGUCAUCGCUUCAACGUUCGGAGGGAUCUUUGGAUAGAAGGUGUGAUGACAGCCACAGUUUGCAUGUUCAGGACAUAGCAGGAAAUAUGCGGAUAACAGUGCAAGCCGCACCUGAUGGUGGGGGACUGACAGCGAAAAUACGCUUCCUGAGAGGAGAGCCCCUCUGCAUGACUACCCUGUGUGUAACCCAGCGCACAUGCCCAGGGAGAGACUAUUUGGUGCGGGAGGGGGAAGAUGGGGUAGAAACAAAGCCAGACCUCCGUCUUGGAACCGGAUGCAAAGCAAUGCCCCUUUAUUCUUCCCUUCCGAAAGACAGACCUCCAGCGAUGGAUCCAGCUUGGUGCUUUAUAGGGAUCAGUAUAGGGUUAGAUUUCCUGCGCUGCCUUUAUAUUCUGUCCCCUUGCCCACCAGAUGCCUUUUAGGUUUGAAGCAGGAUCUGUCUCUUCCACAGCCAACUAGACACCAGUGUUGGGCCAAAGUGCCAAGCAUAGCCAACUCUCACUUCUUUGAUGUAACCCCCACAGCCCUCCCCCUCUUAAUAAACAACAACUUGGGACAGCGCGCUGGGACAGACCAUGUUGGCCUCCCCUUUGCAUGACAGGGGUUCAGUGUUUGGUUAAACAUUUUAAGGUUGGAUUCUGUUUUGUGUGAUCCUUGCCCUUUACCAACUCCUCUCCAGGAGAGGGGCACACCUCCCCCUUAUUUUUUGUAUUAUGUGCAUACAUUCUCUUUUGUAAUUGUGUGAGCAAGGUGUCAUCCUGUGUGUAUGUCUCUCACCAAACCACUUAUGCAGACAAAUAAAAGUGUGUGGAGACUUCUGUGUACUGGAAGCUGUGGAGAUGUCACAGUGGGGCGGGACAGCACCAUCAGUCCAGCUGAUGAUGGUAGACCAAGCCCUGAUGUGCCUUACGGCUUGUACCAGUUAUGAGUUAACCCCUUUUUAGAGCUGCAACAAACUCCGGAUGUUCCCAGCUCUGAAGGGAUUAAUCACCAGCAUGCUUUGUGAGGAGAGAUUUUAUAUUUGGUGUUAUAUCUUCCUGGUGUAUAUUGUCUGCUGCCCUUGUAUGGCAUUUAAUAAAUGAUGUGAGUUUGGGAAACAGU